AUGCACUAUGCAAUACUGUGGAAUCUUUGCAACAAAAAAGAUAAACUAUGGGUUAGAUGGGUGCAUUUGUACUGCAUAAAGGAAGGUGUCAUAGAAGAAGCAACAAUCAACCAGGCCGCAUGGAUAAUCAGGAAAAUUGUCAAAGCAAGAACAUACAUAGAGGCUGCUGGUCUGAAUAUUGAAGAGGAGAUGAAGGUGAAAUCAUUUUCUAUUAGGCAAAUGUACUUAAAGCUACUGGGUCCCUUGCCUAAGGUGAAUUGGAGGAGACUUAUUUGUAGUAAUCCUUACCCACCAAAAUGCUUGUUCAUGGUGUUCUUAGUGGUAAAUGGGAAGAUAUAUACUAAAAAUAGGUUGAUCAAAUGGGGUAUGGAUGUGGGACCAUUACGCCAGCUAUGUAAUAGGGCUGAUGAAUCAUUAAAUCACCUAUUUUUUACAUGUCCUGUUGCUGCAGAGAUGUGGGGUAAGUUGCUGCAAUAG